AUGGAUUCCAAUAUGAAGGAAUUUGCAGAGGAGACUUACGUUCCCACUUAUGCACCAUCUCUUCCAGUUCCAAAUGUUCAAGAAAUGAUGAGGUCUGACCCUUUUCAGAUUCCUGAUAGAUACGCAAGGAAACAUGACGACAUGCAGAAUGAUACAGUUCAGCCUCAUCUUUCCUUCGAGAUUCCUGUCCUUGAUUUAUCAUUGCUGUCAAAAGGAGACGCAGAGGAGCUUAAGAGGCUGGAUCUUGCAUGCAAAGACUGGGGCUUCUUUCAGGUGAUAAAUCACGGAGUAACAAGCGAAGUGCUGCAGAAUACAAAGGACAUCACAGCUGAGUUUUUUGAUCUUCCACUAGAAGAGAAGAACAGGUAUUCAAUGCCAUCGGAUGACAUACAAGGUUACGGACAUGCUUAUGUGGUUUCUGAAGAGCAGACACUCGACUGGUCCGAUGCACUUAUUCUCGUCGUUUAUCCAACCCAAUAUCGUAAGCUACAACUUUGGCCAAACCAACCCAAGGGAAUCAGGGAAGCCAUUGAGAUGUACUCGAGCGAAGUCAAAAGAAUCGCGGUGGAGCUCCUAGGUUCACUGUCUCUGAUUAUGGGGACAGAAAAGGAUGCUCUGCUUGGUCUGCACAAAGAGUUGGUACAAGCUUUGCGUGUAAACUACUAUCCUCCCUGCCGCACUCCUGACAAAGUACUAGGUUUAAGUCCACACUCGGACUCAAGCACCAUAACCAUACUCAUGCAGAAGGAUGAUGUAUGCGGGUUACAAGUUAGACAUGGAGGAGCAUGGGUGCCCCUCAAGCCCAUCCCCAAUGCUCUUGUUGUGAAUGUUGGAGAUGCUAUUGAGAUAUGGAGCAAUGGGAAGUACAAAAGCAUUGAGCACAGGGCUGUGACAAACGGGAGCAAGGCAAGGAUAUCUUAUGCAGCAUUUGUCUGCCCACACGAUGAUGUAGAAAUUGAGCCAUUAGGGUAUGUGUCAGAUGCCGAAAGGUCCAGUAAGAUGUACAAGAAAGUCAGGUUUGGAGAUUAUCUGAGGCAAUCCAUGAAGAGGAAAAUGGAUGGAAAGGCCCACACUGACUUCGCAAAACUGGAAACACUUAAGUAG